AUGGAACAAGAAGCAGAACAUCCUGUUCGAGUUCAAGGAGGGAGCUCAGAUGGUUCGGAAUCAGAUCUAGUUAGUCGGGUAAGGAAGCUUCUGUUUCGCCGAAUGUUGAUUGGGAUCAAAGAUGGAAGAUUCUUCUUGGGUAACUUCUAUUGCAUUGACAAGCAAGGGAAUAUUAUUCUUCAGGAUACCGUGGAGUAUCGUAGCACUCGACGUUCGUCACCUUCUCCUAUGGAACAGAGGUGCAUUGGUCUUAUUCUCAUUCCUUCUUCUUGCCGCACGUCCUGUCAUGUGGAUUUAUCUGUGGAUGAACAAUUGUCACUUCUAUCAUUUAAUGAAAAAUGA